UCUACUAUUCCAUACAUGACUGCUAGGUUUUUCAAAUCUGAAUCCAUGUAUAAAUUUUUUGUUUCUCCGAUGUUCCGAUACUGGAUAAGACUUCAUUUUUACCCAUCAUCUUAUGUUGUCUUCGAUUCCUCAAAAGCCUUUUUCUCAGUAACUGCUGGUGGUUUCACUCUUCUUGACAAUUUCAGCGCAUCCAUUACUGUUGAAGCACUUACACAGGCUUAUAUAAUCAGAGAAUUCGCUAUGAUACCCAUAAAAUCAGGUACCCUCAAUCUCACCUUCACACCGUCAUCCACACAUAAUGACUCUUUUGCUUUUGUCAAUGGCAUUGAGAUUAUUCCAGUUCCGGAAAUUUUCCAACCCGCACCUAUGGUUGGAUUUUCAGACCAGCAAAUGGAAACAGAAUCUUGUACUAUGCAGACAAUGUUUAGACUGAAUAUUGGUGGUAACCAUAUUCCACCAAGUAAUGACUCGGGUUAUGGCCGAACAUGGUAUGAUGAUGCCCCUUAUAUAUACGGUGCAGCCAUGGGUGUCACCUCAGAGGCUGAUAAGAAUGUAAGAAUUGCACAUUCUUCUGAUGUCGAAAAGUAUAUUGCUCCUCUCGAUGUUUAUAGCACAGCACGAAGCAUGGGGCCUAAUUCGACGGUUAACAUAAAUUAUAAUCUCACCUGGGAGUUCCAAAUCGAUGUAAAUUUUACUUAUCUUGUGAGAUUACAUUUUUGCGAGUAUCAACUCUCGAAGGUAAAUCAGAGGGUAUUUGCAAUUUUCAUUAACAACCAGACAGCAUUUCCAGAAGCAGAUGUUAUCGCUUGGGGUGAAGGAAAAGGUGUGCCGGUCCACAAGGAUUACGCAAUACACAUUAAUGGUGAAAGUGGCGAUGAUCGAUUAUGGGUGGCUUUGCAUCCUAAUGUGACAUCUAAACCUGAAUUUUAUGAUGCAAUACUAAAUGGAUUAGAAAUAUUUAAGUUAAACGACAUAAUGCAGAAUCUAGCAGGCCCCAAUCCGAUGCCAUUGCCUCUGAAACUUGAGACCAUGUCAACGCAGAGGCAGCCAUUUUCCCAAUCAAAGUCCAAGAAUCAUGGCAUAAUAAUAGGUUCAGUUCUAGGAGUAAUUGCUGGAUUUGGUCUCAUGUUUGGUUUCAUUAUGCCUCUCAUCUGCAGGAAAAGAAGGGUCGAUUUAGGAGGUUCAAGCACCAGCCGUUGGCCAUCAAUCUACCGCUACUCUCUAUCUUUCGGUACUAGAACCUCAAGUAAGACUAUUGGAAGCAGCCGGAUAUCUAGUAUGGGUGGACACCUUUGCAGGCACUUCACGUUAGCUGAGAUAAAACUAGGAACCGACAAUUUUAACGAAACUAAUGUUAUUGGAGUAGGAGGAUUUGGUAAGGUAUAUAGAGGCUAUAUAGAUGGAAGUGCUGCAGUCGCCAUUAAGAGAGCAAAUCCAUCUUCUGAACAAGGUGUUCAUGAAUUCGAAACUGAAAUUGAUUUACUUUCAAAGCUAAGACACCGCCAUUUAGUCUCUCUAAUUGGGGCUUGUGAAGAAAAUGAUGAAAUGAUUUUAGUGUACGACUACAUGGCUAACGGGACAUUGAGGGAGCAUUUAUACAACAAGGAUAAGCCUCCUCUGUGUUGGAAACAAAGACUGGAUAUAUGCAUAGGUGCAGCCAGGGGCCUUCACUAUCUUCACACAGGUGCAAAGUACACUAUCAUCCAUAGGGAUGUUAAAACUACGAACAUUCUGUUGGACGAAAGGUGGGUUGCAAAAGUUUCCGACUUUGGCCUAUCUAAAACUGGCCCUUCUCUCGAUCAAACCCAUGUUAGUACAAUGGUCAAAGGAAGUUUUGGGUACUUAGAUCCUGAGUAUUUCCGCAGACAGCGGUUGACAGAAAAAUCUGAUGUAUAUUCUUUUGGAGUUGUACUUUUUGAAGUUUUAUGUGGAAGACCAGCAAUUAUUCCCACUCUUCCGAAAGACCAAGUGAGUUUAGCAGACUGGGCACUCAUAAACAUUAGGAGGAAGACACUUGAAGAAAUAAUUGAUCCGCGUAUUAAAGGGCAGAUUACAAGUGAUUGCUUGAAGCACUUUACAGAAACUGCAGGCAAAUGCUUGUUUGAUUGUAGUAUCGAUCGCCCUUCAAUGGGAUCAGUUCUUCGGCAUCUAGAGUAUUCUCUCCAGUUGCAGCUUGAUUCAGACGGGGCAAUGGCGGUGAGUAAACAAGAAACCGAUUUCAAUUAUGCUUACUAUAUGCAUGCAACCUUGUUGAGCAUACAAGAGGAGGGUGAAAUUUAUGAAGAAUCAGAGGAACAUGGUGCAAGGAGAUAA